AGUUGUAAUUUAGGCCUCUCGUGACUGGAUUUGGACUUGUUCUUGGAAAAAAAGCAGCCAGCUUGUACAAUAUGUAGGAGGGGGAGGUAGAAGAUUUGGGAAUGCCCUUUUUUCCCUCUUCUUAGACUGCUGACGCGUCCAGCGGCGACGUGCUGCGCCGACGCACCGUGGACUCGGAUCCUCGCAGCUCCCACCAUGUUAUUCCACUUUCUACUUUUUGGGGCCUUGGUUUUCCAGGCUGAGGGCUACUUUUCGGAGGAGAGGUACCCGGAGGAGUCGAAAAUGCAGCCUCCUACGGUGGUUGUAGCGAUCAUAGCCAGAAACACUGAUCACUCUCUGCCGUACUACCUCGGAGCCCUGGAGAGACUCAACUACCCCAAAGAUCGCAUCUCUGUGUGGGCAGCCACGGAUCACAACUCAGACAACACCACGGCCAUUCUGAAAGAGUGGCUCACUGUCAUGCAGAAGUUUUACCAUUACGUUGAAUGGAGGCCGAUGGAGCAGCCCUCGUCCUAUGCAGGAGAGUUGGGUCCCAAGCAUUGGCCCAACAGCAGAUAUGAGUACGUGAUGAAGCUGAAGCAGGCAGCGCUCAACUUUGCCAGGAAACGCUGGGCCGAUUACAUCCUGUACGCUGACACAGACAACAUCCUCACCAACCCAGACACGCUCAACCUGCUCAUAGCGGAGAACAAGUCGGUCAUCGCUCCCAUGCUCGAUUCUCAGGGGGCGUACUCCAACUACUGGUGCGGCAUCACUCCGCAGGGGUACUAUCGGCGAACAGCAGAGUAUUUCCCCACUCGCCACCGCCACAGGCUGGGCUGCUUCCCAGUGCCCAUGGUCCACUCCACCAUGCUGCUGGAUUUGAGGAAGGAAGGCAUGAAGAAGCUGGCCUUCUUCCCUCCUCACGAGGACUACUCGUGGCCCUACGACGACAUCAUCGUGUUCGCCUUCUCCUGCCGGGCCGCGGAGAUACAGAUGUACCUGUGUAACAAGGAGCGCUACGGCUACCUGAACGUCCCGGCCAAACCUCACCACACCUUGGAAGAUGAUGCCCUCAACUUUGUCCAUGUCCACCUUGAGUCCAUGAUCGACGGUCCUCCAAUGCACCCCUCACGCUACGUCCACAUGUUCCCCAAACAGAGAGACCUCAUGGGCUUCGAUGAGAUAUACCUGAUUAAUCUGCGACGGCGCCCUGAUCGUAGAGAGCGGAUGCUGUUCUCUCUGAAUGAGCUGGAGGUUGACGUCAAGGUGGUGGACGCCGUGGAUGGAAAUGCACUGAACAGUAGUGACAUCAAGAUCCUGGGUGUCGACCUCCUGCCAGGCUACUACGACCCGUUCUCUGGACGUACCCUGACCAAAGGAGAGGUGGGCUGCUUCCUCAGCCACUUCUUCAUCUGGAAGGAGAUGGUGGACAUGCAGAUGGACAAGGUGCUGGUCUUUGAGGACGACGUUCGCUUCCAGGCCAACUUCAAACGACGUGUCCUCAGACUGAUGGAGGAGGUGGAGCAGGUGGAGCUGGACUGGGACAUCAUAUACUUCGGCAGGAAGCAGGUGAACCCUGGAAAGGAGGAGCCGGUGGAGAACGUUCGCAAUUUGGUGGUGGCCGACUACUCGUAUUGGACCCUGUCCUAUGCCAUGUCCCUGCAGGGAGCCCAAAAGCUGCUCAACGCUGAGCCGCUGUCCAAGAUGCUGCCUGUCGACGAGUUCCUGCCCAUCAUGUAUGACAAACAUCCCAACGAGGACUACAAGUCCCAUUUCCUCAACAGGAACUUACAAGCCUUCAGUACACGCCCCCUCCUGGUGCAGCCGUGCCACUACGCCGGUGAUCCCCAGUGGGUGAGCGACACAGAGACGUCCACCCUGUGGGACGAUGACUCCGUGCGCACUGACUGGAGGGGUUCCCACAAGACCCUGAAAGGGUCCGCGCCGUCGCCCGACAUGCUGUCGGGUGCCUACAGAGAUGAGCUUUAGUGCGGAGCGGACGUCGCCGUCCGGAGGACCUGCAGGUCAAAAGGCCACGAGGUCAGAGGGACAGACGCUGAGGAGAGGAAGCGUUCUCACACUUCACACCACUGACGUGCUCAGUGUCUUUUAAACUUUGUGGCUUUGGAUUUUUCGAAGCAUUUAACGUGUAUAUAUAAGUGAACAGAAGGGACAGUGCUGAUUACGGCUGUUUCUAAAGACAUGUCAAACAGUGGGUGUUUUGAUACGUGUACAGGUGUCUUAGCGAUUCAAAUGCUUGAACUUGCACAUUAUUCUUGAGAACAAUCCAUACUUUAGGUUGUUGUUUUUUUUUUUUUACUUUAUUCAGACAUUUUUAAUAUUAUGAGAUAAAGUUUGAAUGGUUGAUGUCAAGAGCAUUUUUGCUUGAAUGUAUGCUCCUGAUGGUGUGUGUGCUUGUGUUGAUUCCAUGUUUCUAAUGCUAAUUACUCAGCUUUUAGGGAGAGCGGUUGAGCACUGACUGGUGCGACAGUAGCUGCACUGGUCACAAAUCCUGGAAAGUCUGGACAAAGGCCUUAUAUAUCUAUCAUUUCUUGUUUUCAGUGUUGGUAUACUGUUCUUUUCUCCAUUUGUGCAUGUCAUCCAUCAGGUAUUUAACACAAAGCUAGACUGACCCUGACUAAUAUGUCCCGUGGCUUUAAAACUGAUGUACCUCAUGGUUGCUAGGGACAGUAUGAGACUGUUUCAUUGGUACCAGAUUGUAUUCAGGAAGUAUUUUGUUUGUGAAACGAACACAUUGAAUGUUUGCAUUUGAAUAAUUUAAGCUUCUUUAAAAUGUUUUUUUCUCAGAAUAAUAGUCAUGAAUAAAUUAACUGUAAUACCAUUGACUCAUUAGAAUACCAUUUACCGCACAGCUGUCAUCUAAUAGUCUUAUAUUUAUCCACAGAAAUUGGAUUUCAAAUUCAGAUUAUAUUUAUGUUCUACUGCCACCAGGUCAGUGUUAGUGUUUUCAGAAUUAUCAAACUGUGUACGGAACAUAUAUUUUUGUUCAGAUAAAACCCACAAAAUAUAUGGGCUCCAGCUAAGACAUAGCUUACAUUCCUCUUAAGUAUUUUAAAAGGCAGUAAAUCUCAAAUAUGUUUCAUGUCAUUUAAGUUUAAGGAACAGUAAUCUGUUUGUAUUGACAGUGCAUAUUCUUGGCACUAUAAUACUGCACAGUUAUUCGAAUCAGUGGACACAUUUUUUAUCAUGUUUUAUCAUAAAUGGUGACCAGUUUAGACAUGCAGCACAUCAUUAUGGGAGUGCUUUAUCUAAAAGGGGGUCUUUGGCCCUCGUGGUGUCAAGCAUUCGUCCAGCUUUGGCAGAGUGCUGCUACUUUCCUGUGCUACAUCAUGUGUUAAAAAUUCCCCCCACACCUGUGGCAUGAGUCUGUAAAAGCCAUAUUAAAGAACAGCCUUUAAUAAACUUUUUGUGGCGUCACUGGGAUCCGUAAGUCUUAGAAUAUGUUGACUGUUCUUCUGCACAGGUUUGCAAUGCAAGUAACUGAUAAUUCUGAUCUGAGUUCAUAUAUUUACAUUGUACCUGUUAGUGUGAGUGUUGCUUUUCCUUCACGUCUUAAUUUAUUCAUUGAGUCUUAAUGUGAUUGAUGGAUGAGUCACAUAACAUGGUGUAAAUAGUAUUCAGAUUCUAUAAAACAGGAUGAGAGGACAACUGUUUCCCAAUCUUGCAAAUAUUAAUACAGAAUGUUUUUGCUCUUUUCCAUUAAUUGGAUGUCAUUAUGCGUUUUAUAUUAGUUAAUAUAACAAUAAACUUU